GGUGCUUUGGGCGUUUCUCCCUGUUUUUCCCUUAAAUUCUCCCUGGACAGCUCAAUCUCUUCGUAUUUUGAACCCGAUACUACGAGCUACACAGAGAAUUGACAGCAUGGAAGGACAGUACUUCAACCUAUUGACACACUCCAUCACGGGUGCUGCAAGGCCUUCAGUGGUAACUUUAAGAAGUGUGCUUCAAGACAUAAAGAACCUCAGAUUUGAGACCUGUAAGGGUAAGCCAGGGUUUAUGAAGGCAUUUAUGACUGAUCCUCGUGUGAUCUCGCACGUUGAUGGUAUUAUCAAACUGGAGCUGGAAACUGGUGCGCUUGAUGCAUUGUAUGCAGACACGAGACGUGCGCAGUUGCUGGAAUGGCUAGGGGAUUAUUACUAUAUUCAACUGACAAAGAUAUCCAACUUGGAUACCAGCACUCAAAACCAUCUGAUACAACUUCAUGCUGCAUAUAUUGUGUUCAGUCAUAUUCUACCAACCAUAUUCCAGGACGGGAUUUGGGUCAACAGAGACACGUUUAAGCAGUUCAAAGAAAGAGCAGCUUCUCUCGAGCAUCCGUUACUGUUGUUGCCCAACCACCAGUCCCAUAUUGACUAUAUUAUUAUUCAUUUCCUAUAUGUACUCUCCAGUCUAGAGACACCAUUGGUGAUUGCUGGUGAGAAUUUGAAUGUUCCGAUCUUUGGGCCGAUACUCAAGAGAUUUGGUGCCAUCUUUAUCAAGAGAAGAUUCACUGAUGCAGAUUUCUGGUAUAAGCCAAGUAUGAAGAGACUGCUGAGCGAAAAACUAAAGUCUAAUCCACAGGUCGAGCUGUUCAUAGAAGGUACAAGAUCUCGUAAUGGUAAGCUCAUGCUUCCAAAGACCGGUUUUGUUCAACUGAUUCAAGAAUCGCUAAACGGCCGUGACGCUUACGUCCAGCCGAUAUCUUUGGUUUACGAAAAGCCAUAUGAGUUUCACGAUUACUUAGUGGAACUUAACGGUAUGGAUAAGAGACAGGAGUCGUUCUCAUCGAUCUUAUCAUCUGGUUUGAAUUUAUUGGUUUUGAAGAAGUCACCAAAUUUUGGGAAGCUGGUCAUCAAUUUUGAUAACGCUUUCCUCACACUCAAUGCUCAAACAAAUAUACAAGACUUGUGCAACAUGACCAUGCAAAGAAUUCAUCAGAUUGGUUACAUCACAGAAAUCUCAAUCGUUGGCAUGGCCUUAACUACACUAUUUUACCGUGACGUCCACGUCAAGAAAAUAUCCAAGUUAGACACAUGCAGUGUCGUUAAACAGCUCACUGAACUAUUAAUACAGAAGACAUCCACCAAUGAUCAUCUCUUUUCCAUUUUAAACAUGGAUGAUGAGACUCUGAUGCAGACGAUAUCUUCUUUGCUGAGACGUUUCCUCGAUAAGCACAUCCUAAUCACAGACGAUGCAUAUAUAAUCUUGGAAGAGACCAGUCUUGUGUACUUCAAGAACUCACUGUUGAGCCAUUUUGUAUCAGAGAUGUUCCUCAUUAAGACAAAGAAUCACUAUCCAACGUUAGAUAUACUGAAACGUUUGUUCAACUUUGAAUUUUUAACAUCCUUGAUCGAUGAACAGACCGAGAUUCACCCUGAAUAUAUUCCAUUAUUCGGUAAACUCCUUGAUCCAUUCAUUGAAUCUUAUGAGAUUGUGCUCAAGAAUUUGAGAGGAGUAUACGCUACAAGUUUUAAAACUUGGUUGCAUCUUUUGUACGCAAGUUCACCAAAUGUCACAUACAAAGAAAGCAUGAAUAAGUCAAACUUGCUGUAUGCCAUAUACACCUUACAGUACCUUGGCCUGGUGAAGAUUACAAAAGUCAAGAAUAUUGAAGUUGUGGAUGAGCAAGGCCUUCUGUUAUUUCAAAACUACUUGCAUUCUCUCAAACUAGGACAGCCUCCUCAGCAGGAAGGCUCUGUUGCUAGAAGAGUACUACAAAUUAAGUCGAAGAUCUGAGGUAUUCUCUGUCUUAUUUCAUUUUCUGACAGCGACGAUGCUUGGAGCCCCUAACAACAAUCUUUCCCUCAAUGCUUGAUCGAAGGCAAAGACAUAUAACCCUCUGACACCUCUUAUGUUCUUCUUCCGUGUGAAUCCAGCAUGGUCAUCAUAGAAUUCAGGCUUGACCUUGAUGCUAUCUGUAAGCGGAUCAUACUGUAAGCUUCUUC